AUGUCUAGUCCAGCACGGCCUCCAACCCCUGAGCGCGAUUCACCCCCUGAAGCUCUUCCAACUGUUAUAGAGAAUGGCAACUCCAAUCUCAACUCCCAAACCGCUAGACGAACGUCAUUGGCAUUCCUCCGUCGUUCAAAAUCCACUGAACCUCUAGCUGGGGAUGGCAAAGCUUCAGGAGGAAAAAUGAGUAAACGGCAGAAAGAACUGGCUAGGGAAGAACAUUUGCGAAGACAGCGCGAAGCUGCUGCGGUCCCGAAACACGCUCCCCGUCUCCCAGACUUGCCUUCACCUCCCCAGCUCAAUACCUUUGGUGGUGAAAAUGCUCGACAAGAUAACUCUCGCAUUGCGUUGAGGUCUGUUGGUAGUUACAUCAAUCCAAAUGCGCCAGCAUCCCUGCAACCUGGCUCUGCGGGAGCAAGAGAAAACGAGUAUGUUGACCCAUACGCAAGAACAGAGAGCAUGACGCACCGGGGUAGAUACAGUUAUGCGAGCAGCGCGGUCAGUACUAUCAACAGCCCUCGAAGAGUGAGAAGACGUAAAGACCCAACUCCCUACAACAUCCUCGUUAUUGGUGCCCGUAACUCGGGGAAAACAUCCUUUCUCAAUUUUCUGCGUACCUCGCUUCAACUGCCACCGAAGAAACGCCCCACGCGAUCUCCAGAUGAAUUCGAUGAACCCACGCAAGUGUCAUCAGCCAACAACACUUUCACCUCACAUUAUCUGGAAACCGAAAUUGACGGGGAGCGCGUGGGCCUGACGCUAUGGGACUCACAGGGCCUAGAAUCAAAUGUGGUUGAUCUGCAGCUUCGUGGCAUUACGAGCUUCUUAGAAAGUAAAUUCGAAGACACCUUAAACGAAGAGAUGAAAGUAAUUCGCGCACCUGGCGUGCGCGACACUCACAUUCACUGCGCAUUCUUGAUCCUCGACCCUGCCCGGCUUGAUGCCAAUAUUGCUGCUGCCCAAAAGGCCGCGAACGAGCCGGAUAAGCUUUCAAGAAUCCAAAUUAUUGGAGGACUAGAUGAAAAUCUUGACAUCCAGGUCAUCCGCACCAUGCAGGGGAUGACCACCGUCGUUCCAAUAAUUAGCAAGGCAGAUAGUAUCACCACGGCCCACAUGGCUUUUCUCAAAAAGACUGUAUGGGAAAGCCUGAAGAAGGCCGGCGUUGAUCCUCUGGAGGUUCUCGCACUUGACGACCAGGAUGACCUAUCUUCAUCCGACAGUUUCGGUAAAUUCGACGAGCAUGAUGAGGACGAGAUGAAUGAGAAGGGAGAAGCAGAAACCGAAGCUAACGCCACCGUUACAACAACUGGCCGACGCACUCCGGACUCAGAGACUGUGCCCCUUCCCAUUCCCAUCUCCAGCUCCACACCCCGAUCGCCCCCCUCCCUUCGAACUGAUAAUAAAGGAACUCGAACAUCCUCUCCACCCAUCUCAAGCCUCAAUGCCACUACAAACCCCAAUUUAACCCCAGACUACCCCUUUCUUCCCCUCUCCAUCCUCUCACCUGAUCCCCAUUCUCCAGAAGGUAACGAUGGGCCUAUCGGUCGCAGAUUCCCGUGGGGCUUUGCGGAUCCGUAUAAUCCGGACCACUGCGACUUUGUCAAGCUUAAGGAGACGGUGUUUGGGGAGUGGAGGGCGGAGCUUCGUGAGGCUAGUCGGGAGGUUUGGUAUGAGAGGUGGAGGACUAGUCGGUUAAAUAAUAAAGGCUUUGACGCUGGUGGGAGGAAGAAUGGAAUUAGUGGCGGUUCUGCGAGGGGAGGAAGGGCGAUGAGAUGA